CCUGAAGAGGACCAAAAGCUGAUUUAUUCUGGGAGGCUGCUGCUGGAUCAUCAUUAUCUGAGAGAGCUGCUGCCAAAGCACGAGGAGUUGCAUGCUCUUCAUUUGGUGUACAACUUCAAGGCUCCUGCAAAUGUGCAAGAAACCAGUGCAGAGGUUAAAGCCCAUCAGCCAAAGUUAUUGUCAGAAGCUAGUCAAGAACCAUCUGUAUCUUCCUCAAAUGGUGAAAAACUGAGUUGUUCUUCUGAUGGCCAGUCUUCAGCAGAACCCACUAACAGGCUUGAAACAACUCGGAAUCCCUUCCAAAGUGUGGCUCCUGGCUUCUCUGCUUACACAACCUACAGCAUGCUUCAGAUGUCCUGGUUUCAGCAGAUUUAUGCAAGGCAAUAUUACAUGCAAUACUUGGCUUCUACUGCCGCAUCUGCUGACCCAUCCCAGGCACGACGUUCUCAGGAGAUACCCGUGGCACCCCCAGCUCCUCUCCCAGACCCGUUUCCUGCACAAAAUCAGCCUGGAAACCAGAACGCUGCUGCCCAGGUUAACGCAGCAGCCGACCAGAACUUGCGGAUGAAUGCCCAAGGGGGUCCCCUCAUGGAGGAAGAGGAGGAGGGUGGCAAUCGAGAUUGGUUGGACUGGCUCUACUCAGCAACACUGUUCUAUGUUUUUGUCAACAUUAUCUAUUUCUACUCUAGUGUCAGCAGAUUCCUCCUGGUUAUGGGUGGCACAGUUCUGAUGUAUCUGCACCAUGUUGGAUGGCUUCCAUUUAGACGAAGACCAGUUCAGCCCUUGCCAGGCAAUGUUCCUCCUCAAGCUGCUGUAAACCAGGACCAGAACAAUAACUUACAGGGGGGAAAUGGAGGCAGAGCAGAUGAAUCUGAGGCAUCUCCUGAUGAGGGCCAAGUUUUACAAGAACUGCAGCAGGCCAACCCUUCAUUUAUGAACACCGCAUGGGUUUUUUUCAAGACUUUCUUCGCAUCCCUUCUUCCAGAGGGGCCGGGAGUGACCCGCAACUGAUGUGUCACCAGUCUGCUCGUCUGAAACUGCAAUGGGAUUUAGUCUGAGUGAAUCGGAUACCAGCUCCAAACCAGGAGUGAAAGUGGAUGAUGCUUCCUCUGGCUUUUACUGACCAAGCAAAUGAAACUGCAAGAAGCCUUAAGUCAUUACAGCCUAGAGACUAAGAUGCUUGCCCUCAUUCCAAAGAACUUUGUUCUGUAGCAUUCGUUAGGUACCUAUGUAGAGGCUUGGCAUUGUAAACUUGUGCAAUAAAUGCACAGGCUCUAAGCAGGUGUGCAAAAAUGUUAGGGAAGCAAAUUGCUUCUUCUGUGCAAUGUGAUUCCUGUUGGAAUGUUUCGAACACUAUUUAAAUUACACUGAGUGUAGGAUCUCAAAAAAAAGAAAAUGCUAGAUGUGCAUUAGCAGAUUUUUAGGAAAGAUAUAUUGUUAAAUUGCUUCAACAAUAGCUUAAAUUUUCUGUGUAAAUAUUUCCCUAUGAAGGAUGUGUGGUGCAAUUUCCUUGUUGGACAAAGU